UACCAUAAUGUUUUAUACUAAGGAAGUUGAUAGUAAAUCCCUUUCUAUUAAUUUUGUUUUUGCAAAGACUUGAAACUACAAAAGAUGAUUACCGUGUUCAUUGUGAAGAGCUUGAGAAACAACUGAUUGAGCUGCAACAUCGAAAUGAUGAACUGACGUCUCUGGCAGAAGAGUCCCGGGCUCUGAAGGAUGAAAUUGAUGUUCUUAGGACUGUUGCUGAUAAAACAAAUAAAUUGGAGUCGACGGUUGAGGUGUAUCGCAAAAAGUUGGAAGACUUGAAUGACUUUCGGAGACAGGUGAAAAUACUUCAGGAAACAAACAUGAUGUAUAUGCAUAACACAGUUAGCCUAGAAGAAGAAUUAAAGAAAGCAAAUGCAGCUCGUACACAGUUGGAAACUUACAAAAGGCAGAUCCAGGAACUUCAUAACAAGCUCUCUGAAGAAUCCAAAAGAGCAGAUGCACUAGCUUUUGAAAUGAAACAAUUGGAAGAGAAGCAUGAAACAUUAAUUAAAGAGAAAGAGAGAUUAAUAAUUCAACGUGAUGCAUUGAAAGAGACCAAUGAAGAGCUCAGGUAUUCACAAAUGCAGCAGGAUCAUCUGAAUCAAACAGGUGUAUCUACUAUGAAAAGCCAUGAAAAUCUUGCUGCUGAAAUUCUGCCUGUGGAAUUUAGAGAAAUGUUCAUUCGGCUUCAACAUGAAAACAAGAUGCUUCAUUUGCAACAAGAAGGAUCAGAAAAUGAACAAAUUGCAGGGCUUCAAGAGAAGCUGGAACAAAAAAAUCGGAUGAUAAAUGAAUUAGAAACUGAAAACAGGUGA